AUGUCAAAAAACAAUGGUGUCCUUGUCAUCACCGUCCCUUACAGGAAAUGCCAAGAGGUGGUGAUGGAGGCGCAGCCAUUAAUGGCAGCACAGCCAUGGGAUGUCAUGAAGACAUCACCUGUCCGCCGCAAGCGCUGCCUGCGCGACGCCAUGUGCUGCCCCGGCACGACCUGCAGCAACGGGCUCUGCACCCCCCUGGAACCUCCCCACGGCGCCGCCGAGCUGGACGAGAUCGGAACCGAGGUGCUGCCCCGACGGACGCCUGCUCCCGCCUGGCUCCCCACUGCCAAAGGUGAGGAAGGGGACUUCUGCCUGCGUUCGUCAGACUGUGCGGCCGGGCUGUGCUGCGCCCGUCACUUCUGGUCCAAAAUUUGCAAGCCAGUGCUGCGGGAAGGGCAGGUGUGUACCCGGCACCGGCGGAAAGGCACCCACGGCCUGGAGAUCUUCCAGCGGUGCCAGUGCGCCGAGGGGCUGGCGUGUCGCCUCCAGCGAGAGCACGGCCCCACCGAUGCCUCCCGCCUGCACACCUGCCAACGGCACUGA